AUGUCAGCACCUCUCAGUGUCUGCUAUUCAGAAAAAUAUCGUGAUGAGAAUUUUGAGUACAGACAUGUCAUUUUGCCAACAAGGAUUGUUCCACUUGUACCAACUGAACAUCUUAUGACUGAAACGGAAUGGCGAAAUCUAGGAAUUCAUCAAUCUCCUGGAUGGGUUCAUUUUAUGAUUCACAAACCAGAGCGUCAUGUUUUGCUCUUUAGAAGACCAAGAAGUUAACCUGACAUUUUAUAUAAAUAUUUUUAAAAUUUAUUCUGAAGAUUUUGGAUUGCGAUCUGAAAAUUUUGUAUGCAUUGUUUGAGAUAGCUUAUAGCUGAAAUAAAUAAUUGUCUUUAUGCAACAUGGAA